CCCCAAUCGGCUAGAGCGCAGGUUCGGCCCGCUUGCGCAGGUUGGUGAGCGCAUGCGCGGGGCGCGCUCUCCGGCGCCGGUCCGAGACGAGGAGAGCGCACCAGAUACUGUUGUCAUAUGAAGUUGAACAUGGCAGAAGAAGAGGACUACAUGUCAGAUUCCUUCAUUAAUGUCCAAGAAGAUAUCAGACCAGGAUUGCCAAUGCUAAGACAAAUCCGAGAAGCUCGUCGAAAAGAAGAAAAACAACAGGAAGCUAAUUUGAAAAAUAGGCAGAAGAGUCUAAAACAAGAAGAACAAGAAAGACGUGACAUUGGGUUGAAGAAUGCACUAGGCUGUGAAAACAAAGGGUUUGCCUUGCUCCAAAAGAUGGGGUAUAAAAGUGGUCAGGCUCUUGGCAAAAGUGGAGAUGGUAUUGUUGAACCUAUUCCUCUCAAUGUCAAAACAGGGAAAGGUGGCCUUGGUCAUGAGGCACUAUUAAAACGGAAAGCAGAGGCAAAACUAGAAAGCUACAGAAGAAAGGUCCACGUGAAAAACCAAGCUGAAGAGAAAGCUGCAGAACAGUUCCGAAUGCGACUUAAAAAUAAGCAAGAUGAGAUGAAGCUAGAAGGCGAUCUGAGAAGAAGCCAGCGAGCCUGCCAACAGCUGGAUUCCCAGAAGAAUAUUCAAGUUCCCAGGGAGGCAUGGUACUGGUUGAGGCCAGAAGAGGAGACUAAAGAAGAGGAAGAGGAUGAAAAAGAAGAGGAUGAAGAUGAAUAUAAGAGUGAAGAUUUAAGUGUACUAGAAAAAUUACAGAUACUGACAAGUUACUUAAGAGAACAACAUCUGUAUUGUAUUUGGUGUGGAACAGCCUAUGAAGACAAAGAAGACCUGUCUUCAAAUUGCCCAGGACCAACUUCUGCAGAUCAUGACUAAGAUUAUUCUCAAUAAAGUGGAAAUUUUUUAUAUUGGUAAUGAAAGAGGAUCUUUAUAUAAUGCUUUGUUCUUUUUGUACUUUGGAAGUACUUUGUGCUUUGGAAUAGAAUGGUUUUAUUAACUUGAAAAAAAUAAUGCAGUGCUAUAUCACAGACAUGGACAAUUACAGUGUAUGCUAUUAUCGUGAUACUUGUGGGGGUUAAAGGAUCCCAACAGGUAACUGUCUUACUCCUCUGUCCACUUGGGAAGACAUGGGAGUCAGAAAGAAGUCAGAGUAUCAGCUCAGUCAGUGAAAAAGCUAAACUACAGAACAAAGUUGACGUUUUUCCUCCAGUCAUAUUCCCUAAUAUUUCUCUGUGAUGGGAGAGAAGUGCAGACCUCUGCCUUCUGGGGGCAGAGUCCCUCUUUAUAUUCUGGGUCCUCUUAGUUCUCAGUUUGGGAUCCCACCAGAGACUGCUCCACACGUGGUCAGAUAGGACACUUCCUUGUUGAGAAGGAAUGAAUGAGGGUUCAGAGAGCUUAUUCCCACACUUCUCUCUUAGGGAGCAAGAUGUUCCGUUCCCUUUACCCAAGCAGGAGGAGGAAGGGAGUAUUCCCCUCAGUGAGACUGGCAUCAGAGGCAGCGUGCCAUGAAGACUACUAAAUUCUAACCAGUUUUAGAGACUGGUCAUGAAGUUUUCACAGCUAUGUUGUAUAUCCAUCGUAAGUGAUCUGUCCUAAGUUUUGGCUAAAGAAACUUGAGAAUUGGGAGGAACCUUAAAUGUCAUGGGAUCCAAGGACUUAAUGAAUUUGGAAGUCCCUUGACAACAUUCUCAGCAGGUGAUCAUUCAACUUCUGCUUUUAUUCUUUGAGCCUCAGAGAGCUCACUGCUAUAAAGCCAUCCCAGGGACCCAGCACUGUGGGUAGCGGAUAAAGCUGCUGCCUACAGCACCAGCAUUCCAUAUGGGCACCAGGUUAAGAUGCAGCUGCUCCACUUCCAAUCCAGCUCCCAGCCUGGGAAAGCAAUGGAAGAUGGUGCAAGUGCUUGAACUCCUGUACCCACAUGGGAGACCAAGAAGAAGCUCCUGACUCCUGGCUUUGGACCAGCCCAGCUCCAGCCAUUGUGGCUAUCUGGGGAGUGAACCAGCAGAUGGAAGGUCUCCCUCUUCUCUUUAAAAAAAAUAAAAGAAGAAGAAGAAAGAAAAAACCAUCCCAUUACUGGGUAAUAGUUCUAAAUUACUUUUAAAACUGUUUUGGCUCUUAAACUGGUACCUGUCUGCCUAUAAUUUAACUGAAAUUUAACCGAAUGUAGCUAUCGGCAUACAUGUGAUCCUCUGGCCCAGUCCAUGCAGUGUAAUAUGUCAAAAUCAUGAUCCCUGUUAAAAAUGUGUAUGCUUUAGGCCAGCUUUGGGGCAUGGUGGUAAAGCUGCCACCUGCAAUGCCAUCAUCCAUAUCAGAGCACCCAUUUAAGUCCCAGCUGCUCCACUCACAAUCCAGCUCCCUGCUAAUGCACCCAAGAAAGCAACAGAAGGGCUGGCACUGUGCCGCAGUAGGUUAAUCCUCCACUGUGGAGCCACAUCCCAGCCGGCGCUGGUUCUAGACCCGGCUGCACCUCUUCUGAUCCAGCUCUCUGCUAUGGCCUGGGAAAGCAUGGAAGAUGGCCCAAGCACCUGGGACCCUGUACCCAUGUGGGAGACCUGGAAGAAGUUCCUGGCUUCUGGCUUCGGAUCAGCUCAGCUAUCGCCAUUGUGGCUAUUUAGGGAGUGAACCAGCAGAUGGAAGAUCUCUCUUUCUCUGUCUCUGCCACUCUGUAACUCUGCCUUUCAAAUAAAUUAAUCUUUAAAGAAAAAAGAAAGAAAAAGCAACAGAAGAUGGCCCAAGUACUUGGGCCUCACCACUCUAUUGGGAGACCCAGAUGGAGUUCCAGUUUCCUGGCUUUAGCCUGACCCAGCCUCAGCUGUUGCGGCCAUCUGGAGAGUGAACCAGCAUACGGAUGAUCUCUCUCUCCCUUUCUCUGUCUGCUUUUCAGAUAAGCUUUUAAGAAAAAAAAAAAAAAAAAAAAAAAAGGCAAAAUUUGCAUGGGUUAAGUAAGAGUACAAUUUGUAUUAAUGCUGCCCAAAUAGUGCGCCUGCCCUUUGAGAGUCUAAUGUAAUUAGUCACUAUGGUCUUGGAUAUCAGUACUCUCAAUUCUAAGAAGCAGCAGGGCCUGAGAACCACUGUUGUAGUUAACUUCUGGGCCUUAGGUUCUCCAUCCAGAACACUAACCAUUUUGUGGAUGUAAUUUAUAUA